GUGCACACCGCGCAGUGCCGCGGGGGCACCAGUCUAUCCACUGCGCUCCAGGCCCUCCGCCGUGGCGAAAUGCCGCUCCUCCCAUCCACCGCCGUGGCGCUGCCCCGCCUCCGCUUCCCACUCCCACUCCUCCACCGCCGCCCCAUCCCCCUUCCCCUCCCGCUCCGCCACCACCACUCCUCGCCCCACCCGCGCCUCCUCCCCCUGGCGGCGUCCCUCCCGCCCCCACCUCCCGAGGAGCUGCUCCACACGCAGGCCACGGGUCUCGUCGCUGCCUCGCAGGCCAACUUCAUGCGCGUCAUCGUGGACGCCGCGGCCCCGGGGCUGGACCACCACCGCGGCUCCGACCUGCUCUGCGUCGUCCGCGCGCUGCUCAAGAAGAUCCGCCGCCGCGUGCUCGUCGGUGACCGCGUCCUCGUCGGGGCGGUCGACUGGACCGACCGCCGCGGGAUGAUCGAGGAUGUCUUCGAGCGGAGGUCCGAGGUGGCCGACCCGCCCGUCGCCAACGUCGACCGCCUCGUCGUGCUCUUCUCGCUCGACCAGCCCAAGCCCGAGCCGGCCACGCUCACCCGGUUCCUCGUCGAGGCCGAGUCCACAGGGAUCCCGUUUGUGCUCGUUUUCAACAAGGUCGAGCUCGUCGGCGAACAGACAAUAGCAUACUGGAGAGAUAGAUUGAAGAGUUGGGGCUAUGAUCCACUGUUUCUAAGUGUUGAUAAGAAAUCAGGGUUUACUGCUCUUGAAGAGAUGUUGGAAGGACAAACAACUGUAGUUGUUGGUCCAAGCGGUGUUGGGAAAUCCAGCCUGAUCAAUGCACUGAGGGGUAAUCAGGACAUAUCAGAAGAAGAUCCAAUACAUAAACUGGUUGAACAGAAUAGUAAAUGGUUUGGUGAACAACGUGUUGGAACUGUGUCCAAGAAAAGUGGUAAAGGAAAGCACACAACGCGGCAUGUCUCAUUGCUUCCUAUAGCUGGCGGAGGCUUCCUUGCUGAUACUCCUGGAUUUAACCAGCCUAGUUUGAUGAAAGUGACAAAAAAGAGUCUUGCAGAAACAUUUCCUGAGAUAAGAAAAGCGCUGAAAGAGAACGAGCCCACCAAAUGCUUAUUUAAUGAUUGUGUGCACCUGGGUGAGCAUGGAUGUGUUGUGAAAGGGGAGUGGGAAAGGUAUCCAUACUAUCUCCAGAUGCUUGAUGAGAUCAAAAUUAGAGAGGAAAUCCAGCUACGGACAUUUGGAACAAAAAGAGAAGGUGAUGUCAGGUACAAAACAGGUGUCAUGGGGCUGAAGCAAGCAGAGCCUCGUCUUGAGCUCAAGAAGCAUAGGAGGGUGUCUAGAAAGAAGAUUAACCAAUCUAUUAUUGACGAAAUUGAAGAUGACAUUGAUGACCUCGAUGAUGACUACCAGUUCGACGUGAAGCAACGUACUAGGAAACGAUAGUUGUUUCUUGUCUGAUGAUCUAACGACUACACGAGUCUAAUCAUUGGCAGGAAGGAACCUUUGGGUGCUGUACAUAGUUGGUUUUGUAGUGCGACCAUGCCCUUAAGCAGUUAUGCUGAUCGCUGAUUCGCUGUAACUGUAAGGAGUGCACUGGCCGGGACCCGGGAGGCCGUGGACGCUUGCACCUAACAUUUGACGUUUAACUUGCGGCAGAACAGUAAGAAGUAAGAUGGAAGUUUUUAGUUAGACAAAAACAGUCUCUAUCUCUCCACAAUAUUAUUACUAUCGUGCUC